GUUGGUCUACCCCACCAAGUGUGGCGCAGGUGCAGGUGCAGGCGCAGGCGCACAACUUUCCUGCCGUCGUCAAGAUGCUGCGACCUGGUGCAACCCUCACCCCUCAACCAGGCUCCACGAUCCCACGCUAUGCCUAUGUAAAUGUACAAUUGCUGCUAUGGGCAUUCCUCGUCUGACCAAGAUCUUGCGUCCCUACGCACUUUCAGGGCCUCUCGAGUACCAAGUCGUAGUCAUAGACGGACCCGCUCUGAGCUUUCACAUAUAUCAUCUUUGCCUGAGCUCCCGAAGAGAGAUCGCUCGGAAUCAACUGGAGACCGGAAUCACUCACAAGGAGCUGGGCGAUGUGGCCAUUCAAUUUCUAGACAGUCUGCGUGACCAUCGGGUUUUUGUGUGAGUGCAUGCAUAUGAUACCCCCUCUCCCCCACCUGCACCUUCUAUGCCCCCUAUGCUCUAUGCUCUAUGCUCUAUGCUCUAACAUGGGUGCAGCAGAGAAAUUUACUUUGACGGUUGGCUCCCGCCCUCGAAAUACGAUACCAGAAGUGAAAGACUUAUCAGACAAACAAAACAACUGAAAUCAUACCACGCCGGGUUUCCCAUCACUCCAUGUUGCUCCUCGUCUCCGUCAUUGUCCCAUCGAGCUCCCCACAAUCUAUUCGCUUCCCCCAUCGUCCCAGAACGUCUUGCCAAGCUUCCCCCAGUUCCUUUUCUCGUACCAGCCAUCUUAGAGUCUCUACUGGGCUCCGAAUAUAGCAACGUGACGAAAGUGGUUCCGGGCGAGGCAGAUGAAUACUGUGCUGCUUCUUUGAAAGAAAAAGGGGGUAUUGCUUUGACAGGUGAUUCCGACCUGCUCGUGCAUGAUAUUGGGGAGGCUUCGAUUGUUUUUUUCAAAGAUAUUGAGAAGGACUCUGGCGCCCUAAAGUGUCUGGUGUAUUGCCCAGCGGACAUUGCUGCCAGGCUGGAAUUGCCCGCUCCCAAUGGCUUGCUGUUGUUUGCGUUUGAAUUGAAAGUGGAUGUCCACGCAUCGUUUCCUGAACUUCUCAUCCGAGCAAGGACGUCCGAGUCAAUCAAGAACAGAUCCGAAGAGCUCGAGGAGUUUCGAAAGGAAUACGCAUACCGGCCAGGUCAAGGUGGCAGCGACGAUGGACGAUCGUCAAAAAUUCUACGGAGCUUAGAUCCACGAGUAUCGGAAUACGUCCUCCAGACCCCCCUUUUCGCUGAAUUGGCAGGUCACACUCCGAACGGUAGCAUGGGUUUAACACCACAUAUAUUCCUCCCCUUUCUCUUCGGUUCUCCUAUAAGGACAAGCCCGUGGGAGAUGUCUCAAACAGUCCGGCAGCUAGCUUACGGGCUUCUAAACCUAGUUUUACCACAAGGACAGGUUGUCUCUAGUGUAUAUGAAUAUCGCAGACAAGAAACGAAAUCGAAUGGGAGAGAGCUGCAGCUCCCGGUUGAUAGCGUUCCUGCGGCGUGUCAAACGCUUCUGACAUUUCUCCAAAAGGUAAGUUCGAAGCUGCCUGAGUUGCCUGACUCCCAAUUUUGGAUAGCCGUAUCUGUUUGUGAAGAAAUCGAAUGGUCUUAUCAGCAUUCAAAGCCUGCUCUAGGCCCGCUUGUGAGACAUCAAGAAAUUCUGGUACAAGACAAAACGCAUAAGAACCUGAGUUGGGAUAUUCUACAGUUUUUUGCCCAGAUUCAAAGCACGCAUUACUCUUUCAGGAUUCUUAAGCUUAUGAUUGCCUUGGUGGCUACAAGAUCCGAUAAUCCAUUGCCCCAGCCAGUCUUGCAGCUAAAGGAGAAAUUGGAUUCUUUCCCUCUAUUGGCCGAUUUCCCCGAAAUUGACCAGACACUUCCCAUCAUCAAGAUGAUCAGGGAUAAAGAUAUUGGAAGGGUUGCACACGAAAUAUUGGGAAUUGAGGUGCCACAGAUACCUGCUACACCGCAGGUCUCUCGUCGAGAAGCAAAGCGAAAGCGGAAAGCUGGGGGUGAUUUAUCAAAAGGAGGUAAUCGAUCAAAUAAUCCGUUCGCAUUGCUGGAUGCAGAUUGA